AUGGUUUUGAAGUCAUCUUCCAAGUUGCCUCGUAGCACUAAUUACAAGGUUUCAGACUGUAAAUCUAAAAUAAAGGUUAAAGUUUUCAAGGGUUAUCCUGGUUUACGGUUAUAUGAAUUUGUUGAGUCUCAUAAUCACCCGUUAGUUUCAAUUGAGAACAUGGAUUUGACACGCAAGAGGCGACAACUAGAAUUUAGCGACCAAGAUUUCACUCAUAGGCUAAGUUUAGCUAAAGUUGGUCCGUCAAUUGCCUUUAAGAUGCAAACUGUUUUGAAAGGGGGACAACACAACGUCCGUGGGGUUGAUCACCAUAAUAAUUGCGUAACAUUUGCGGCUGCUCUUCUUUAUGAUGAAACUAUUGAAUCGUUCACAUGGAUGUUGGAACAAUUUCUUGAAGCACAUGGUAAACAACCGAGGCUAGUGUUAACCGACCAAGACCCGGCAAUGGAACAAGCCAUAGCUAAAGUUUUCAAUGAAUCUUUCCAUCGUCUUUAUAUGUGGCAUAUUAUGGAUAAACUUCCUCAAAAGAUUGAUGGUGAUGUGUUACAGAAUACCAAUUUGAGGAUUAUGUUGUGUUUUGACAUGGCAAUUGAUGGUCAACGCUACCGGCAACGGGUUUUUGAGCAUAAAACUAAUUCAACAUCUGCCGUCUUAUCCACUCUGUUACCUAUAGAAGCACAUGCAGCACUUGUAUACACCAGAAGCAUUUUUAAGGAGGUCCAAAAGGAGAUAUCUAAAGCCUUAUUAUCAUGUAUGAAUGGUAGACCCGAUGUCGUUGAUGGUUUUGAACAUUAUACGGUUUCUCACUUUGAAAAAGAGACCGUUAUUGGUGAUUACACGGUUAAGACCAAUCUGAGUGAUAACUCAGUUACAUUCUCAUCACCAAGGUGGAAAAAAGAUGCAUUGCCUAAGAAAGUGUUCAACCUUGAAUUCUGUUAUGGUGUUGACAACUCAGAAAGCUUUAAGCUUAGGUCAGAGGCACUGAAUUUAGCUCAGCAAUGUAGUGAUCGAUUACAGGGUGAUUCAGUAAAGCUUGCUUGGUUUGUGGAACAAAUCAAGGCUAUUAAGAACAAAAUUUUUGAAGAGGUCCAAAGUGAUCCAAGUUCUAAGAAUAAAGGUGGUGUCUUUGAAGAAUUGGUUGGAGAAUCACAACCUGAGAGUGUUUCUUUUGUGGCUCCCCAAGGUAUUAGGAAUAAAGGAUGUGGGAAAUCUCGUCUUUUGAUUAACCCAGGAGAGAAAGCCAAGGUUAAGAGCAAGAAGAAAAAAAGGAAUUGCAAAUUGUGUGGAAAACAUGCCUACUAUGAUUUUCGUAACUGUCCUACAAAAAAAAAGAAAAAACAAAAACGUAAACAAAGUCAUAGUGACGAAGAUAUUGAUGAAGAAAAUGAUGAAGAUAUCGAUGAAGAUAGCGAUGAAGAUAGCCACAAAGAUAGUGAUGGUGAAUGA